GAUCAGUUACAAAUGGUUGCUUCGCGUGGCACUUGACAGACGUUAUUUUGUCUUCCAGGACACUAAAUAUUUUGCGACGCUAUACAAAUAAACAAAAUUGUUUCAUAGCGAACAGAUGCCAAGCGUUAAAGAUGAAUCGGAGGCAGAAGGGGAAGAAAUGUCGCAUGACAGUAAUGAAAGUAAUCAAAGCUCUGCAUCGUGUGACAGUAGUGCAGAGCAUAGCGAUAGCGAUGACUCCUCGGAAAUGGAUGAAGAUGAAUGUGAAAGGCGACGCAAUGAAUGUAUGGAAAACCUAGUAGAUUUAGAACGACAGUUUACUCUUCUCAAAGAGCAACUGUACCGUGAAAGAAUUACUCAAGUAGAUACAAAAUUAGGAGAAGUUCGGGUCGGAAAGUCCGAAGAGUAUUUAGUACCGUUGGAACGUUUAAAAGAAAAUAUGAAAACAAAAACUGAAGUAGCCGGUGUACUAAAGCAGUAUAGAUUACAAAAUAUACAAAAUAAAUUCCUAGCGGAAGAACAGGCUGCGUUACAAAAUUUUAAAAGUGAAAAGGAAUUAAUCUGGGAUUGUAUUCAUAAUGAUUUACAAGAAAAGAUUCGCAGAUUAGAGGAAGACAGAAACAAUGUUGAUAUUCAUGCGGAUUUGUGGCUGAAUUCGACUGGUAGAAGGCGUAGAAAUCAUACCGAAAGGAGAAGGGCUGUUACUGUUGCUGGGCCUUAUAUUGUUUACAUGCUCAAUGAUGCAGAUAUUCUUGAGGAUUGGGCAUUGAUAAAAAAAAGCCUAAGCAGUCGGAAAACUGAAAUAAUCUAAUGCUAUAUGCAACUAUAAACAAAAUUUCUAAUGUCUUAAUAAUGUCAAUUAUUGCUCUUGCAUAAAAGUCAACUGUAUAAACAAUUUAAGGGCAAUUUUGGCGAUUUCUUUACAUUUGUAAUGCUUGUAUAGGGUGCCUUUCUGUAUAAGACUUUGAUCUCUACAAAACCAUUUUGAACUACAUUCAAAUAUGUGUGACCUGUGGGAAAAAAAUACCACAUACAAUACUUAUGCCUUUCAGAAAACAAUUUAUGAACUGAUAAAUA